AUGUUAUCUCUCGUCAAAACUGUUUCCCUCGUGGGCGUGUUUGCUACGGCCAUCGCACAGGACGUCUUCACUAUAAACACUCCCUCCACACUUGUUUCCACAUUACUGACAUGGUCGGGUGGCGUUGCACCCUAUUCCUUGAGUGUUAAGGGCGGAGGGAAUGCAGCCGGGCCUUCCCUUGAGGAUUUGGGAUCUCAAGACGACACAUCUUAUGAAUGGAAGGUUGAUCAACAAGCUUCUACUACACUUUCUGACACCAGAUAG